AUAUAUGGAAGGUUAUGAUGGCCACCUUGCUCUGCUCUGGCGAACUCUCUCUCUUUUCGACUUCUUCACCACUAUCAGCAGUAUUGUUGGUGGACAAAGAGUACCAGCUUUUUUUAUUUUCUUCGUUAUCUCCGCAUUUGCCAUUCCUUACUGUGCUUUCUUUGUCUCAAAGUCUUUGAUUUUGGGACAAUUUUAAGCCUCUUUGCUGCUGCUGUUGGUGGGUCCGCAAUGGCUCUCUGUGCAUUUUCAUUCCCUGCUCAUAUCAACAAGGCAGGCGUUUUAGAUUCUCAGAAGAUUGGUUCUUUAUCUUCUCAUUUGUUAUAUGGAACGGAUCCGUUCUUCCAGUCUCUUUGCAGACUCAAUCAGGUACAGGCACGGAAAAGGCCAAAAGGGGUUUGUGCAUCACUAUCAGAAAUGGGAGAGUAUCACUCCCAUAAACCACCAACACCUCUCUUGGACACUGUAAACUAUCCAAUUCACAUGAAGAAUCUAUCUAUGAAGGAGCUGCAACAACUUGCAGAUGAGCUGCGGUCCGAUGUCAUAUUUAAUGUCUCCAAAACUGGUGGUCAUUUAGGCUCGAGCCUUGGUGUCGUGGAGCUCACUGUUGCACUUCAUUAUGUGUUCAAUUGUCCUAAAGACAAGAUACUAUGGGAUGUUGGCCAUCAGACGUACCCCCACAAAAUCCUUACUGGGAGAAGGGAUAAGAUGAGCACAAUAAGACAGACAAAUGGAUUGUCCGGAUUCACGAAGCGCUCAGAGAGUGAAUAUGAUAGCUUUGGUGCUGGUCACAGCUCCACUAGCAUCUCUGCCGGUUUAGGGAUGGCUGUGGGAAGGGAUUUAAAAGGUAGAAAGAACAAUGUUAUUGCAGUAAUAGGUGAUGGUGCCAUGACUGCGGGACAAGCUUAUGAAGCCAUGAAUAAUGCAGGGUACCUGGAUACUGAUAUGAUUGUCAUCCUUAAUGACAACAAGCAGGUUUCUUUGCCCACAGCUAAUCUUGAUGGGCCCAUUCCACCAGUAGGAGCUUUGAGCAGUGCUCUCAGUAGGCUGCAAUCAAACAGGCCUCUCCGAGAACUGAGAGAGGUUGCAAAGGGAGUUACCAAACAAAUCGGUGGACCAAUGCAUGAACUGGCAGCUAAAGUUGAUGAAUAUGCUCGAGGGAUGAUCAGUGGUUCUGGCUCUACAUUGUUUGAAGAGCUUGGACUCUAUUAUAUUGGUCCUGUUGAUGGUCACAACAUUGAUGAUCUUGUUUCCGUUCUCAAAGAGGUGAAGAGUACAAAGACGACAGGUCCAGUCCUAAUACAUGUUGUCACGGAAAAAGGUCGUGGGUAUCCAUAUGCAGAGAGGGCUGCUGACAAGUAUCAUGGAGUAGCGAAGUUUGAUCCAGCUACUGGAAAGCAGUUGAAAGCCAGGGCUCCUACACAAUCUUACACAACUUAUUUUGCCGAGGCUUUGAUUGCUGAAGCAGAGGCUGAUAAAGAUAUCGUGGCAAUCCAUGCUGCAAUGGGUGGUGGAACAGGAUUGAAUCUUUUCCUUCGCCAAUUCCCCACAAGAUGCUUUGAUGUUGGGAUAGCGGAGCAGCAUGCAGUUACUUUUGCUGCAGGGUUGGCAUGUGAAGGCAUCAAACCAUUUUGUGCAAUAUACUCAUCCUUCUUGCAGAGGGCAUACGACCAGGUCGUACAUGAUGUGGACCUACAAAAGCUGCCUGUAAGAUUUGCAAUGGACAGGGCCGGACUGGUCGGUGCAGAUGGUCCAACACAUUGUGGGUCGUUUGACGUCACUUUCAUGGCAUGCCUUCCUAAUAUGGUUGUCAUGGCUCCUGCUGAUGAGGCAGAGCUUUUUAACAUGGUUGCUACUGCUGCUGCCAUAAAUGAUCGGCCUAGUUGUUUCCGAUAUCCAAGAGGUAAUGGGGUAGGCGUUCCGCUCCCCCCAGGAAAUAAAGGGAUUCCACUUGAGGUUGGGAAGGGAAGGAUAUUGAUUGAAGGGGAGAGAGUGGCACUAUUGGGUUACGGGACAGCAGUUCAGAGCUGUUUAGCCGCUGCCUCUCUGGUUGAACCUCAUGGCUUGAAGUUAACUGUUGCAGAUGCUCGAUUCUGCAAGCCAUUGGACUGCGCCCUUAUUCGCAGCCUAGCAAAAUCACAUGAAGUCUUGAUUACAAUAGAAGAAGGUUCAAUUGGUGGCUUUGGAUCUCAUGUUGCUCAGUUCAUGGCUCUUGAUGGUCUUCUCGAUGGCAAAUUAAAGUGGAGACCACUUGUUCUACCUGACAGAUAUAUCGACCAUGGAUCGCCAGCUUACCAGUUUGCCGAAGCAGGUCUCACACCAUCCCACGUUGCAGCCACAGUGUUUAACAUACUUGGACAAACAAGGGAGGCUCUUGCAAUCAUGUCAUUGAGCCACAGUGUUUGACAUUCUCUUGACAAUCUAAAUCUCUUACAAUUUUUGUCUUUGAUUAGUGUAAAAAAUUGUUCAUAUACCAACCAUCUCAUGAAGUAGCAUCAAUAUACUGUAAUAAAAUUUCUUCUCUCUUUCAUAUCCAA